UCGACUCUUUUGGACACUUCCGACACAACGAUGCGAUUUGCCGUAUAUAUAAUGAGUACAUUAACGGCAUUUCAUCCAUACUAUGGCCACAAUAUGGAGCAAAAGACACCCAAAAGAUACUUCACUUUAGGGGUAUUGUGUUGUUGUAUAUCUGGGUUCGUCUUCUUCAUCGGAAUCAUUUUAAUGGUAUUCGGUUCAUCGCCAGCACAUCCCGAAGCCAUUUGGAUCACCGGAAUUGUCUUCCUGUUGACCGGCGGUCUCCUCUUCUUUCUGGGCGUCAGUUCUAUCGGUCUCUACCUCUCCCGCGAAGACAAACGCAAGCGAGACCUCGAGUUGUGCCGAACCAGACAUUACGCCUCCAGUAUAGCCUCCGCCCGAAGUAUAAGAUCUAGUGAUAUAUACCUCAUUGACUGAAACAUACAUUACUAUUAAUCGCACAACACCUGC